AUGUACUCGAACUCGGCAGAGCGUUCGCUUUAUAGUUUGCUCAUCUGGCCAUGUGCUCCUCAUUGGAAUACAAAGGAUAUUCUUGAAUCGAAACCUCUGGUUACCCCAACAAAGAGUUUGACCUUACAACACAAUUCUAAGGAACCACAAGGACCUUUAAAAAAUCAAAUUUCCAUUCUUUUACAGAGAACUUUAGAAGAGGACAAGAAGAAAUGCAAUCCUAUGAAUGUUGAUGAUGAAGAAAAGAAGAAGCCUUCCUCCUCCUCAACGAGUAAAAAGAAGAGAAAGAAAAUGAAUCGGAUGAAACGAAUGAAAGGUGAAGCCUCUCAAGGAGAUGAUGAAAAGGAAAAGAAAGAGAGAACUGUCAGUCCUCUGGAAUCACUUCCUCAAGAGAAUCAUUUGCAUAUUCUAUCCUAUCUCAAUAGAAAGGAUUUGAAACGAGUGGGUGCUGUGUGCAAAUUGUUUCAAACCCUCGCUCUUUCCAAGUCACUUCUUGUGGCUCCUGAACUGAUUUGUUUCCAUUCCAAAACAACAUUCAAUGAAGACACUUUGGGGAUUGGUUUGAAAAUGGAGUUUAGAGAGAAUGAUGGAGUGUUGAUGAACAUUACAUCACCUUUGGAUUUGAUCUCCAAACAUGCUUUUUAUUAUGAAGGCGUGAGAAAAUCAAUUUGGGGACAACCCAUGUCCAAGUGGCUUCCCAUUUAUAUUAACAAGCAUCAUGGAAAUUUGUCAGCUCUACAAAUGGCCAUUCAAGAUAUUUAUCAAUCUCAUCCCAAUAUUUCUCCAAAAACUCCUAACCUUUUCCAAUGGAGAGCUUUGGACAUGAUGAGUAAGUUGAUGAAUUCCAUAAUUGUCGAAAUAAUGAAAGGAAAUGUCCAUGCUUCAAUUAAGGCACUCCAAGGAUAUUGUUAUUUCCAUAGAUGGAUGCUGUUCUUGGUCCAACAAUAUCCAGAAUGUCUAUCAGAGCUUGAAAAUCAGGUUCAAAACUUUGUGAAAUUUGAUCAAUAUCGUCACAAAUAUGCGUGCCCCAAUUUGGGAGAAUUUCUGACCAAGUUGUCUGUGUUGGGGCCUUCUGGUUUAACUUGGAACUACAUUAGAGAUGCUGUCGUGCAAGAGGCUGCUACAAGAAAUGUUUUGUGGGUCCUAAAGCAAUUUCCGCAUCUUUCCAACUUUGAAGGAAUUUCAGAUUCUGAGAGAAUUGAAAAAACAUGGCAGGCCAAUCAAGUCUCAUGCAAGUUGAUCAUGUUCCAUGUAUUCUUUUUGAAGAACGUGGUUGAAAAGCAUGGUCAACGGUCAUUGGAGGAAAUUGGUCGUUUGUAUGACAUGAAUUAUGGUUGUUGUUUGGAGGACAAUCUUGAAGAAUUGCUUCAAAAGGAGUUGUUCAAAAUUCAAGAAGUGGCAACGUUGAGGGAAUACUGUGAAUAA